CUUGCGUCUUACACGCUUGGUCCUACACCAUCACCUCCACAACGGUAACCAAGGAAAAGUUUCCCUUUAUAUGUUCACUCUAUUUGCCAUCAUUUCUCUGCCACCUAGGUUCUUUCUGAAGCUUCUUUUGUGCAUAUACAAUUACUCUCUCUCUCUCUCUCUCUCUCUUCUCUUCUACAAGUUAAUGUAUGCUACACUAUAUAACUCAAUUCACACUCCUUAGCUAAUUGCUUCUAUUUGCACAUGGAACUUAAGAUACGUAGUUGCCUCUUGUUUCUCUUUGGUCUUAUAUCGGGUUCCCAAGCCUACACAUUCUACGUUGGGGGAAAUGAUGGGUGGGUUUUGAACCCUUCUGAGAAUUAUAAUCACUGGGCUGAAAGGAACAGGUUCCAAGUCAGUGACACUCUUGUUUUUAAGUAUAACAAGGGAACAGACACGGUGUUGGAGGUGAGCAAGGAGGAUUAUGAGAAAUGUAACAAGAAGAACCCGAUCAAGAAGUGGGAGGAUGGUGAUUCGGUGUUCCAGUUUGAUCGAUCGGGUCCUUUUUACUUCAUCAGUGGGAAGGAUGAAAAUUGUGAAAAGGGUCAGAAAUUGAUUAUUGUGGUGUUGGCUGUGAGAGAACCACCUCCUUAUUCUCCAAAACCUCCAAAUACUCCUCCCUAUGUUCCUAUUCCUCCACAAACUCCUUCCCCUCCUUAUGUUCCAAAACCUCCUCAUCCUCCUACUGUUCCAACUCCUCCAAAAUCUCCUUAUCCACCCUAUGUUCCAACACCUCCCCACACUCCUUCCCCUGUUUAUACUCCUCCCAGUGUUCCUUAUCCUCCUAAAGCACCAGGACCGAUUAAUCAUCCACCCUAUGUUCCAACACCUCCACAAACACCUUCUCCUGGUUAUACUCCCCCCAGUGUUCCUUCACCUCCAAAAGUACCAUCACCAAUUAUUCAUCCACCUUAUGUUCCAAUCCCUCCAAAAACACCUUCUCCUGGCUAUAGUCCUCCUACGGUUCCUUCUCCUCCAAAAGCACCAUCGCCAAUUAAUCACCCUCCCUAUGUUCCAACACCUCCAAAAAUUCCUUCUCCUGUUUAUAGUCCCCCCAAAGUUCCCACUCCUCCUCAAACGCCUUCUCCUGUUUAUACUCCUCCCAAUGUUCCUUAUCCUCCAAAAGCACCAUCACCUAUUAAUCAACCACCCUAUGUUCCAACCCCUCCAAAAACACCUUCUCCUGGUUACACCCCUCCCAAUGUUCCUUCUACUCCAAAAGCACCAUCACCAUCUAAUCACCCUCCAUAUGUUCCAACACCUCCAAAAACACCUUCUCCAAGUUAUAGUCCUCCCAGCACUCCAACUCCUCCAAACUCACCAUCACCUUCUAAUCACCCUCCCUAUGUUCCAACACCUCCCAAAACACCUUCUCCUACUUACACUCCUCCCAAUGCUCCAACUUCUCCAAAAGCACCAUCACCUUCUAAUAAUCCACCCUAUGUUCCAACACCACCGCAAACACCUUCUCCUGUUUAUGCUCCUCCCAAUGUUCCUUCCCCAGGAAAUCAACCUCCACAUCUCCCAACUCCUCCAAACACUCCAUCCCCUACUUCUCAGCCACCCUACAUCCCAACCCCUCCAAAAACCCCUUCUCCUAGUCAUACUCCUCCAAACACUAGUCCCUCCCCUAUCUCGCAACCUCCCUACAUUCCAACACCCCCACAAACACCUUCUCCUACUCAUCAACCACCCUCUGUUCCAACAAUUCCAUCUCCAACUUCUCAGCCACCUUACAUGCCAACGCCACCAAAAACUCCUUCUCCUACUUCCCAACCUCCUUACGUUCCAACACCUCCAAACACUCCCAAUUCCCCAUUCUCUCAGCCCCCAUUAGCACAAUCACCCCAUGGAAUGGCACCACUUUCACCAACAUCACCGUAUCCAUCCACAAACCCUCCCUCACCUUCAGUUUCAACUGCACCGGCAUACCCACCGUCGAACCUCACUCCUGCAACUUCUCCGGUGCCGGUCACAACAUCACCGCCAUCUCAGCCACCUUCAGUUUCAACUGCACCGGCAUACCCUCCCUCGCUCCACACUCCGACGACUGCUCCGGUGCCGGCCACAACAUCGCCGCCAUACUUGUCUCCGCCCGCCAUCACUCCCACCGCUUCUCCUACGGCGUCACUUCCGGCGGCAUCAACUCCCUCACCGUCAUCGUCGACGACGUCUCCGCGAUCGUCACAAACGCCAUCAUCUAGUCCCGGCGCUAAUGCAACGCCGUCUUCGUCAAAUGAAACGGCGCCGGCCAAGCGAAACGGCGCGUCGUCUGCAACGCCGUCUGGGUUAGCGGUGUAUUUGCUAACCAUUUUCGUUGGUGCUGCUCUAAGUACUAUUCUUGGAUAGAAAAUCGGACAUAUUAGUAUUUUUUAUUUUUUAUUACAUAAUUUGUGAACAUUUUUAUUUUAUUUUUGUUAUGAUAAUGUUGUUAUAUGGAAAUAUGAGGCCAGUCUCAUAAUUAAUUUUAUGUCUAAUCUUUAUAUUUUAUGUUUAGCAAAGAGCCUGGAGUUGGGUUUGACCAUCAAAUUCUUUUCUUUGGUUGCAAUUUAUUUUUGCGG